GCGAACUUCCUCAUGUUGAUUCGCUCGCAGCCGCUCAGGUGCCUGCUCAACGGCCUAUACAGAAGGCUGUGCGGGGCAGGUCAGCUGCAAUGCGCUGUCUUGCGCGGUCGCACGGAUGCGACUAAUGUUCGGCUGAUAAGCGUGACCAUGGGUUCCGGCGCUCCACCCUAUAAACCUCGCAACGAGUCGGUCAGUGGUUCUUGACCACCACACUCACCAUGGCAGUCAUCACACCGGGAAUUGACUUCAUCGCGCGCAAUGCUUUCUUUGCUUCUUGUCGCGCAGGACUCGCUGGUGCCAUCCUACGUCUGCUCGCAUCCUCCCUGCACUUGCAUCUGGCCAAGUGGCAGUUGAUUCUGGCCGCAGUCUUGUCAUCGCCUACGCUAGCAAUUGCUUCGAACGUCGUCUAUGGCAUCCGCAUCAGACGACGUGCAGCAGCUUUGGGGGCACGGCCUAUGCCCGAAGUCCGCACCAAACUUCCUGGAAACUUGGAUUUCCUGCAGCGCAACUUGGUUCUCAUUCGCGAGGGCUAUCCAGGGGAUGGACUCAAUGAACUUGUCGAUCAGUAUGGGCCUACGUUCAACGUGAAUGUCCUGUGGCAACGGCAGUACUUCACGAUAUGUCCGGAACAUAUCAAGCUCAUUCUCGCCACCGACUUCGCAAAUUAUGAGAAGGGUCCGAGAUUCAGGUUUAACAUGCGCUCCGUCCUCGGUACAGGCGUCUUCAACUCGGAUGGCGACAUGUGGAAAUUCCACCGCUCCAUGACGCGCCCCUUCUUCACCCGUGACCGCAUCAGCCACUUCGCGCUCUUCGACAGACACGCCGAAGAAGCCAUCGCCCUCGUCAAGCAGCGCCUCCGGGAGGGCCACCCGGUCGACUUCGCCGACUUGUUCUCGAAGUUCACGAUGGACUCCGCCACCGAGUUCCUCUUCGGGAUGAACGUGCAUAGUCUGUCGGGUGGGCUGGCGUAUCCGUACUACGUGGUGCGUCCUUGGCAUCCCGAGGCAGCCGCCGCCAAUGCCUUCGCUGAAGCCUUUCAGAAUUGUCUCUUCGCUGUCGCAAGGCGCGAAUUUGUAGGCAAGUUGUGGCCUCUAGGCGAGAUAUGGCAGGAUAACACCACGAAGCCCAUGAAGAUUGUCAACUCGUACAUCGAACCUAUCGUCCAUGCGGCCAUUCAGCGCGAAGAGGAGCGCAAGAAGGCCCGCGCUCCUAGUGCGGACGUCAAGACGCAGCAGGUGGCAAUGGAGGAGAGCAAAGACGUCGAAGACGACGACACGCUUCUGAGCCAUCUCGUGAAGAUGACCUCCGAUCCUACCGUCUUGAAGGACGAGACGCUGAACAUCAUGAUUGCCGGCCGCGACACGACCGCAGGCACCUUGUCUUUCAUCCUAUACUUCCUCACGCAGUAUCCAACGGCCCUUUCCCGCCUCCGCGAAGAGGUCCUCACCGUCGUCGGCCCUCACCGCACGCCGACAUACGAGGACAUCCGCGAGAUGAAGUUCAUGCGCGCGGUCAUCAACGAGACGCUCCGGCUCUAUCCUAUUGUGCCCUUCAAUACGCGGGAGUCUAUCAAGGAGACGAUCUGGCCUUCGCCGGAUCCCAAUUUGCCGCCCAUCUACAUUCCAGCGGGCACGGAGACCCCGUACUCUGUCUUCAUGAUGCAUCGUCGCAAAGACCUCUGGGGCUCUGAUGCUGAGGAAUUCGACCCCGACCGCUGGCUCGACGAGCGGGUGCAUCAGUACCUGGGCCACACCUUCGCUUUCCUUCCCUUCAACGCGGGGCCUCGAAUUUGCCUUGGGCAGCAGUUCGCCUACAACGAGAUGUCGUACAUGAUGGUCAAGCUCCUCCAGCACUUCUCCGACUUCGAGCUCGUGCCCGAGGCUACCCCGCCCGAUAUGCGUCCCACGCCCGGGUGGGCCCACGCGAGGGGGGCGGAUGGUAGUGUUCCCCGUAAGGCAAGGGAGAAGUUCUUCCCGAAGAAGCACCUGACGAUAUACGCGGGUGGGGGGAUCUGGGUGCGGGCGAAGGAGGCGGUGACGACGCCGGCGUAGGGUUGUACUUCUUGAUGAAGACGCGACGAAGAUGAAGGAGUCAAUGUGAAUACCACAUUGUAUUUGUAUCCGAUUAGCUUUGGUUAUGCAUAUGAUGGGUGUACCUGGUGCGAGGCUAGUUAGGGCUCAUGGCUAGG